AUGGCCAGCGUGGAGGAACUGCAAAGAAAAGUAAACGAAUUGGAGGCUAAGUUAGCGGCUGCUCAAGGAAAUGUAGUGCCUAUGCGUCAGAAAAUCGAUGUAAUGUCCUCAGAAGUCGUGGACUCAAACCCAUACAGUCGUCUGAUGGCUCUGAAAAGAAUGGGUAUAGUCAAUAAUUAUGAGAAGAUUCGGGAACUAUCAGUUGCUGUAGUAGGCGUUGGUGGAGUUGGAAGCGUUACUGCUGAGAUGCUUACUAGAUGUGGUAUUGGAAAGUUAAUCCUGUAUGAUUACGAUAAAGUGGAACUAGCAAAUAUGAACCGCCUUUUCUUCCAACCCCAUCAAGCUGGACUUAGUAAAGUGGAUGCAGCUGCUGCCACCCUACAAGCUAUUAACCCUGACGUUUCCAUAGAAACAUACAAUUAUAAUAUUACUACAAUUGACAAUUUCCAGAAGUUCUGUGAUUCUAUUAGUAAAGGAAGCUUAACUGAUGGUCCCGUAGAUCUGGUUCUCAGCUGUGUAGAUAACUUUGAAGCUCGCAUGGCCAUCAACACAGCCUGUAAUGAGCUCAAUCAGAGGUGGUUUGAGUCUGGAGUUAGUGAGAAUGCUGUUUCUGGACAUAUACAGUUUAUUAUUCCUGGAGAAACUGCUUGCUUUGCUUGUGCACCACCUCUAGUUGUUGCGUCAAAAAUUGAUGAGAAAACGUUGAAGAGGGAAGGAGUGUGUGCAGCUAGCCUUCCAACAACAAUGGGCAUUGUUGCUGGUUUUUUAGUGCAAAAUUCUUUAAAGUUCCUGCUUGGAUUUGGAAAUGUCAGUCAUUACUUGGGAUACAGUGCGCUUACCGACUUCUUUCCCACCAUGAGUCUCAAGCCUAACCCUCAAUGUGAGGAUUCAUAUUGUCGGACUCGUCAAGCAGAGUUCAAAGCUAAACCAGUAGCUGUAGAGCUUGCCACUGAAGUGACAGAGGAUGCCAAACCGAUACAUGAUGACAAUGAGUGGGGUAUCAGUUUGGUUGAUGAGAACUCACCAGAAGAAGAGACCCCUACCUUAAGUCUUGUCGAUGGAGUUCAGGUUGCUUAUAGUAUUCCUGUGGACAACAGCACCCCAGAAUCAAGUACAGGUGGCGCUGUCGCGGCUUCAGAAUUGUCUCUUGAAGAACUUAUGCAGCAAAUGAAGUCAAUGUAA